CAUUAUCAAACUUCUGCUUAUACCAAUUUAAUUUGUACCUAAAGUAGAUUUUCAUUCAAUAUCACAUUCAAAGAAUGUGAUGACAUCUUUAUCAGUACUACUUUUUAUCCAGAUUUUAUGUUUAGGUUUGCCACAGUAUAAUUUAUUGUCUCUGUUUCAAUAUCCAAUUAAACAUGAUCUCUUUCAAUCUACUUUAAAAAUAAACCAAAGUCUUGUUUAUUACAAGCAUCGUUUAAUUAUUGGUCACAUUGCAACAUUACCAUGUGAAUAUAACAAUAAAAAUUCUAAUGAUGAAGAAUAUGGAAAUUCCAUAAACAGAAGUGAAUUAGUAAUUUAUGAAUGGUUGUUCAAUGGUAGGCAAUUAUUACCACAUAGAGCAUUUUUUCAUGCAAAUUGGGAUAUUUAUGGAGUUUUGACAAUAUGGGCAAUGAUUGCAAGACCAUCUACAAUAUGGUGUCAUAAACAAGUUUUGCAUUCAAAUAGUCAUAGUUAUGAUUAUUAUUAUUCACAUGAAAUAAUCUUUAUUAAUUUAGCUGUAUUACAACAAAUUAUUGGUAUAAAAGUAGAUGUGGAAAUGGAUGAAAAAGUAUUACUAGUUAAAUGUAAGCAGGAUAAUUAUACAUGUGAUUGCCAACUGAAAACUAGUCCUGGUGAAUUAAUUGCCGGUGAAGAAAUCGACCAUCCUAAGCAUUAUAUAUUAAAAGAUUUAGAAGAAUCUUGUGAAUCAUUAUGUGAAGACACAACAUUCUGUACAAAUUUUUACCUUGAAGAUUUUCUGUGCAUGAAUAAACAAAGUGAAUCAAAGUCAACGCACUAUACUGAGUUAACAUUCAUUUUGGAUAACGUAAGAAGUUAUUCCAUGGAAUCUGAAAGUUUUCAACUUUUCGACGAGUUCAUAAAAAAAUUUCAAAGUCAAAUGUCUAAAACAAAAUCUAAUGUAACUAAAAAGCUGAAGGAUAGAUUUUCAUCUGAAAAGAUUAAAGUUCACUUCACUUACUCUUAUCGAUCUAUUCACUAUUGUAUGGGACCAUCAGGAAAACUUGUACCUUCACACAGUGAAUGCGAUUUAUGUCAACCAGGUUCAUACUAUCCAAGUCGUAUCGUCAAUCCAUCUCCACCUGCAAUCGAUAAAGAAUUCCAUCCAUUCAGUGCCGAUCAACCAAUAUUAACAGCUCAAUACUCUAGGUCGGUAUUUUAUCCACCAUGGAUUACAGAUGAUGAUCCAACCACCUGUCUCCCCUGUCCAGAGAAUACAUACUCUGAAGAAUAUGGUCAGUCCGCAUGCUUACCGUGUCCAUUUCAACACAGCAUCCCAACCGAUCUAAAAAUCGAUAUCCGCCCAACUGGUGGAAAUGACUGGUUACACAUAGCCUGUCCGAAAGAAGGACGAUCUGAAAUCCGUAUGAUGCAGGUGAUACAGGGAAUGUUAGGUGAAACAGCAGGCAAUUAUAUAAAGCACGCUACAAUACUAAAACGUGUGGGAAUUAUUUGCUGCCUGCUUGGUCUUCCAGGUAUCAUCUCCUUCUUAUUAAUGUUUACCGCGUUUGUAUUAAUUGAUGUCGGUUCAACACUUAUACAAAUGGCCAGAAACUUACAUCCACUACAAAUACAGAUAGCUGAGACAAGCACAGCGAAUACACGUUUCGAUGCUGAUCAACGUAAAGCAGCUGAAGAGGUGUAUAAACGUAUGAAAAAUCAAUGAAUUUCUUAGUUCUUGGUUCCUUUUUGAAAAGAAAACCUGCAAUUUUGUGUUGAAAUUAUUACUCAUUUGUUGUUGUCACUGUCUUUGUAGUUGUUCAUCUUUUUAGACAAUAAGUAAACAGUUGGCAUGAAUCAA